AUGACUGCCAGGAAUGCCAUAUGGAUUGCCUUCUCUAGAGCACUAAGAGCACUUCCAAGAAUGAAUGAACGGCCUCAAAGAGCUCUAGCCCUCCCCCUUCAUCCGCCACUCCUUCAAACAUCUGUCGUGAAUUGUAGGAGCACUAUUAGAACAUUCAGUACAGACAACAAGGAAGAUCGACAUUACCAUCGUGUUUCUGACGAGUAUCUUGACAAACUGGUGGAAUACUUUGAAGCUGUUGGAGACGAGACUGAGACAAAAGGAUAUGAUAUCGUGUACUCGGAUGGCGUCAUGACGCUCAAGCUGGGUUCAGCAGGUACUUAUGUGAUAAAUAAGCAGCCGCCAAAUCGACAGAUAUGGCUGUCAUCUCCAAAGAGCGGACCUGCUCGAUUUGAGUAUUCAGAUGCCAAAAAGUUGUGGCUCCAUGUACGAACUGGGCAAGUUUUGAAUGAAAUCCUAGAUCGUGAGAUACAAGAGCUCAUGAAACGAGACAUUCAAACACCACUAUAA